AGCGUGAGCGUGCAGCUGGAGAUGAAGGCGCUGUGGGACGAGUUCAAUCAGCUGGGCACCGAGAUGAUCGUCACCAAGGCCGGCAGGCGAAUGUUCCCCACGUUCCAAGUGAAGCUCUUUGGCAUGGACCCUAUGGCCGACUACAUGCUGCUCAUGGACUUCGUGCCGGUGGACGACAAGCGCUACCGGUACGCCUUCCACAGCUCCUCCUGGCUGGUGGCCGGGAAGGCAGACCCUGCCACGCCGGGCCGUGUGCACUACCACCCUGACUCGCCUGCCAAGGGUGCACAGUGGAUGAAACAAAUCGUGUCCUUCGACAAGCUCAAGCUGACCAACAACCUGCUAGAUGACAACGGCCACAUUAUUCUCAACUCCAUGCACAGAUACCAGCCCCGCUUCCACGUCGUUUAUGUAGACCCUCGCAAAGAUAGCGAGAAAUAUGCUGAGGAGAACUUCAAAACCUUUGUGUUCGAGGAGACACGUUUCACCGCGGUCACUGCUUACCAGAACCACCGGAUCACGCAGCUCAAGAUUGCCAGCAACCCGUUCGCCAAAGGCUUCCGAGAUUGCGAUCCUGAGGACUGGCCCCGGAACCACCGGCCCGGCGCGCUGCCGCUCAUGAGCGCCUUCGCGCGCUCGCGGAACCCCGUGGCC